CUAUUUUGACUCCCCCCCCCCCCCCCUUUUGACUCCCUCCCCACCCCGGACAAGCCCAGGCCAAGAUGCUGCCUCUGCUGCUGCCCCUCCUGGCUCUGAGCGCAGCCCCCGGCAGCUCCAGCUCCAUCCACACCAACCUGACCGAAGGCUGCCAGGUGCUGCACCCGCCCCGGGAUGGAGGCAUCCGGUACCGGGGGCUGACCCCCGAGGAGGUGCGCAGCGUGCGGCUGCUGCCCUUCGACUACGAGAUUGAGUUCGUCUGCAGGCCGGGCCGGGAGCCGCUGGGGCCCAAGGUGCGCAAGUGCCAGCGCGACGGCACCUGGACGGCCAUGGCACAGCCCAGCCGCUGCCGUGACUGCACCUGA